UACAUCGCGACGUGAUCUACAACUGUCUUUUCUAUAUUAUCUGUUAACAAACCUUAUCCCACCGCCAGAAAUCACAUGUUGAUGUCAAAAUGUCCUCUCUUGACCAAGCUGUCGCCAUUGCUAACAGAUGCAUUACAUUUGCCCACCAUGAAGCAGUGGAAAUUAAGGUUUUUCAGGAUGGGUCUCAUGAGAAGCCUCUGUUCGGGAACACCUGCAGGGACAACCAUGGACAAGGCCUUAGAGGUCAGUGGUCCUCAAGAUGCCUCAGAAAGCAACAAAGCCCAGGAGGACCACUGCGUGAUGUACCAUGGCACCACUCUGAAGGCGGCCCGCCGCAUCCAGCGCUACGGCUUCAUCCCCUCCUCGGACGGCUCUCUUGGCCGGGGCGUCUACGUCAGCCGCAGCUUCGAGAAGGCCACACACUAUCCUGGAACGGCCAAGCGGAGCCAGAGGCUCGCCGUCCUGAAGCUCCGAGUGAGCAUGGGCAAGGUUCUGGAAAUCAAGUCGAUGGAACAUCCUCUGCGGAAGACCUGGAAUCGGGAGGGGUACGACGCUGCCUGGAUCCCGGCCAACUCCCUGACGGAUGAACGGCUGGAAGAACAUUGCGUGUGGGAUCCCAAGCAGAUCACUGUACUUAAUAUCAUAACGGCCGACCACAACAAUUGCUUUGUGGAACCCCCCAGUGAGUCUCCUCUGUGAGUGCUGACAGAUUAUGCUGAGAGCACGAACCAGUCCAGUUUCUACAUCAUCUUUUGUGUCUCUAUUGAUUUUCUUUUCCUUGUCUUUUUUUAAUGUCUUGCUGUUCUUGAGAGUUUGCACACAGCGCAGCGUAAAAAUAGCCAUUUCCUUGGGGCCUGAUUAAUUCAGGCCAUUAUGGUUGUGUGGGGUGUUUGUUUGUUUGUGUUUGUUCAUGUUCCUGAAACCCCACAGUUACUACUCCGAUUUCUAGGUUGAAUGCAGUGGUUUUGGCUUAAUUUGAAUAUAUUGCAGUGAAUACAUUAAUUCAGUGUACCCUUGUGUCGUUUGUAACUGUUGCACGAAUUUAACAGUAAACUAUGCUGAUCAGUGUUUGGACAUGAUCAUAAAAAGAUGAAGAGAACUAUAUUGUUAUGAUACAGUAAUAGACAUUCUAUGUAAUUAUCAUGUUUGUUA